GUAUGAUUUAAAUAUGCCCUUUCAUCAGAGGACCGUCGAGCCGCGCCGUGUGAGCAGGUUGUCGAGCUGGAGACCGCGGGGAGAAGCCGGGAGACGCAAAGUGCGCAAACUUGUUUUGUUUUCGUCCCUGGACGAGGUGAGCUGCCACACGUUCACCAGCUUAAUCCAGCAGCUCUCCGACCUCUCUCGCCACGCCAGCGACAUCUUCCUGGGCAUCGAAAUGGAGGCAGGGAUGGUGUUCAGGAGGUCGUGCAGGAUUCAGGGGCGGCUGUACCACCUGCAGAACGACGUGCUCCAACUGGACCCCAAGAAAGUCCAAAUCCCUGUGUCUAACCUGGACGAGGAGAGCAAGUGGACGGUUCACUACACYGCUCCGUGGCACCAGCAGGAGAACGUCUUCCUGCCGGGCAGCAGGCCGCCCUGCGUGGAAGAUCUCCACCGCCAGGCCAAGGUCAACCUCAAGACUGCCCUCCGAGAAUGCGAUAAGUUGAGGAAAGAUGGUUUCCGGAGUUCUCAGUACUACUCUCAGGGUCCCACCUUCUCCGACUCCAAAGAGUCCACCAGCAGUCUGCAGGACGAUGAAGAUGAGGAAGAUGACAGAAAGUCCACGGCUUCGUCAUUGGAAGACGACAAAUCUCAGCUCUCCGUGAGACCCCAGACGCCACAGAGAGGGGGUGAAGACGUGUCGGAGGUUGACGGACAGGUGGUGUGGAGAAAAGCGGCGCCCCUCCCGACCCCGGAGGAGAAGAUGAGGCAGGAGGCUCAGGCCGUGCCAACAGACGUGGUCCCCAUCAACAUCACAGGGGCAGUGUUUGACCGCCAGGCGAGCAUCCGCCGCUCCCUCAUUAACACUGACACCAUGUCCCGCCGGCCCAGGAAGGUCAAACGCAGAAAGACUAUAUCAGGGCCGCCUGACAACAUCAACCAGGAGCUAGCAAUAAAAGCACGGGGUGGAGAGCUUCGGCCGCAUUCCAUGUUCCUUCCGGGACAGUACUCCACUUUGGGCCGAGCUGGAAGCGUCAACUCAACCCUCCGACACUCUGAGACCAGAGACACGAGCUGCCAGACGGAGGAGGUGAAGGUCGUGCCCCCGUCCAUGAGAAGGAUCCGGGCGCAGAGAGGACAGGGCAUCGCCGCUCAGAUGGCCGGCUUAUCCGCUUCCUCUUCGACAGGAAGCAUCUCCAUCUCCAGCACCGACAGCUCCGGCGUCGUGAUGAUGCACCAGUUCAACGGAGACCCCUCACGUUUUCACAGCCUGCCCCGGCAGGGCGCCAGGGUGUCCCUCAGCGCGGAUCCCAUCUACAGCAGCACGCCCAUCAAGCCCGACGAUCGGCCUCAGCGGCAGAUCGGGAAGUUUCAGGUCGACAGUACGGUGGUGCACAUGAGGAACGCUCCCAGGACGAACUCUUUGCCCAGGCCCAAGUCCCAGGAGGUGAGGGGGACGCAGUCUGGUGAGUGGGACGGCAGCGUAGCCUGCGUGGUUUCUCCUCAGGCUGCCUAUUCCACUUCCUACAUCCCCAAUGCCACCCUGUCCGGCUCCACAGAGGUCAUUACCCUCAAGACGUCCAUUCCUUCACAUCAMUCGCCAAUGUCGGCGUACAACGCCCCUCAACCACCCACUAACACCGAUCCUCUGGUCUCCAGUCCGACACCCUUUUCUCACAGCUCCACCUGCCCAGCUUUGGCCACUUCUACUCCUAAACACCCGGCCCAGGGGAGCGGAUCAGUCAAUGAGUUGAAUUGCUCAGACAGCAGCGUUCACAGCCACAGCACCUUAGCCCCCACUCCUCCGUGCGGCCCACCAGAAGAACAGUGGAUCUACGACACACCUGAAAACGUCGUCGCUCAACACCGCACUCUCACCUCCAGCUGUUCCACUCCCAUCAACCAGCUGUACAGCAGCCUGGACCACUCCUCCAGGACCACAACGGACUCCAGCUCCCUGUACUCCCAAGACAACGAUGGCUACUUCACCUCGAUGCACUUGGACUCGGGCCUGCGCUCUCGGAGUCACGGCAGCGGGCACGGGGCGGCGGCGGGCCGGGCCGCUCGACACAGCAUGUACGAGUGCCGCGAGCUGUCCAAUCAGGAGGACUCGGGGAGCCUUUACAGCGACCGCUCCCUGUCGCGCAGCAUCUCCCUUCGUAAGUGUAAGAAGCCUCCGCCUCCUCCGUCUCGUACGGAUUCCCUCCGACGCAAACCCGGAGUGAAAAAGCCUCUCGGCAGCGCCGGCGGAGCCGAUCAUCCCAACGGUAUGCUCAGUGAAACCCUCAUUGCCAGCUUGCAGCAGAGCUUACAGAUGGGACUGAGGGGAGGAAAGGGAAGAGGCGCCUCGCCGUCUUCGCCAUCUCACAGUCCGAGCAGCGACUACGACGACCCUUGGGUGCUGCGACCGCGCAGUCACAGCAGCAUCAGUGCGUGCAGCUCUGCAGCGUCGCUGGCGGCCAACUGUGGCGGCGUAUCCAACGCGUACUCCUUAUGCCACGUGACGCCAACCCCCAGUGACACCAGCAGCUUACGCUCCGACUAUGCRGAUUCCUGGGGAUACUAUUCGGACUACCCUCGCAACAACGGGGACCAGAAGACGCAGACUCCUUCAACGCAGGGCGCAGAAAGCCUCUCGGCCGGGGUUCAUCCAGAAGCCUCGCAGAACGGAGGAGAAACUCGAGACAACCAGGCCCAGGGGGCUCCAGGUCGGGAGGGAGGGGAGUCGAUGAAGAUCAAACCCUCCAGCUCCUCACCAGACAGGGUGCACAGACUCACCUCCCCAUCCAGCGGCUACUCCAGCCAGUCCAACACCCCCACAGCUGGAACCCCUGUCCCUGCUCUGAUCAGCAGGUCUCCCUCCGGCAGUCGACCCAAACCCAGAGUACCAGAGAGGAAGUCUUCUCUCUUGUCCUCAGUUUCUGUGUCCUCUUCCUCUACGUCUCUUUCCUCCAACACCUCAGACUCACUCAAGAGCUCUGGUCCUCCCCCACCUCCUCCUCCUCCUCCUCCCCUGCUGCUUCUCUCCUCCUCAGCUCCCAGCACCCCUCUCAACCCUCCUCCACCCUUCCCUCCACCAAUCCCACUGAGUUCUGAUACAGACUCCCCCUCUCCCCCACCACUCCCCAACCCCUUCACCAACACCCCGUGGGGGGAUUCCACGAGCCCACUCCCUGCCUGCUGCGCUUCUCCAGAAUUCCCUCCUCCUCCCUCCCCCGAUCUGCUGAUUCACACCAGUUCAUCCUUCAACGGGAGCCUCAGUCCUCCCSCUCCACCUCCUCCUUUGCCUCCUCUCGUAGAUGCAUCCUUCCCCCCCAAGAAGGCAGUGAAGGUUGCCCCUAAACCAGACCUGUCCACCAUCCCAACAAAGUCCACUAAGCCCCUCAUUACUCCAUUCGCCCUGCAGAGUGUUCAGCUGCGUUCAGUCAAACGGCCAGAGAACCAAAUCAACGGUGAAUUGGAUCACAUCAAAACUCAGGAGACAAUGGAAACCAUUCAAGGUCUGAAACCUCAGACCCUGGAACACUACCCCCAAACGAAUCCUGCAGUGUUCACCCUGCUGGACAGCUCCGCAGAGGAGGAUUUGCAGAAGUCCUCCCCAUCGCCUGUGUCGAAACUUCUGGAAGAGUUGUCGCUAGACUGCAGRAUCCCAGGCGAAACAGCAGAUAGUGAUGUCAUCAAUGGAAAAACCGAGMACCAGAGUUACUCUCCGUUUAAAGGAAAUGAAAACGGGAAAUCACCGCCCAGUCCCCCACAAAGCUGUGAAAGUUCUCCCUSCAAACAGAAGCCCCCAGCAGUCUCCAAGAAACCCAAACUCUCUUUUGUCCCAUCGUCUCACCCCCAACCGAUCGACGAGCACACUCCAGCACAUCACGAGGACACGACUUCUCAAACCAAAACAAAGGACAGAGUCGAUGCACCACAAAGUCAGAGAGAGGUAAAAGGUGAACWAGACGAGAAGGACUCGACAGAAAGCUGGGACCUUUUAACAGAAAGGAGUGAGGCAUUCAUUGAAUUUCAGGAAGAGUUCUCCAUUAGUGCCUCUCCAAGCCAAGAGACYAGUCUUGAGCACGAACUUUGUUCUAAUGGAGAUAUUAACGAGGAAGAAGACGAGGAAGGAGAUGGAACGAGCAGCAUCACAGAGUCCAUCAGCUCCAAGGAGGACGAUACGA